AGGGAAAGCAAUCGGAGCGAGUCCUUCGGGAAGUCAUGCACCCUACUAGAAGCGACCUACGUAGUAAAGAUGGUUGCUAGGACAGAUUGGGGAUGGUCGGGUUUACCUCUUCUUAUUGGAUGGAGCAAAUACGAUCUGCGAGAGUGUGGUUGUUGUGGUGUUGCGAUGCUGCGGUUUGGUAGAGUGAGGAUGGUGUUGACCUCGGAAGUUCAUUCUGCCAGGACUGGUAUCAGGCACAUGUUCUUCGCCAUGACAGACGGAAGAUUACAGGAUAAUGGACGAACAGAGAAGACUGCAAAUCUUCAAGUGAAGGCAUUCCAACAUCUGGCU